AUGCCCGCAGAAGUACCACAUUACCGUUCUCUUGCUACUCCUGUACAGAAGUCUUCACCUCCAAGCUCACCUGAAUCGCAAUUCAAUCUACCUGUCGGCCGCAAGUAUUUCAGAGGAAGUAAGAGCAUGGCUAUUCCUGGAAGAAAACUUAUAGCUGCCGUUGUCUUCAUUUUAUCGAGCAUCUCCAUCAUCCGACUUCUUAGAAUUGCAAUCACUACCUCAUCUUCUGCACCUCCAUUGCCUGCUUUGCCUCCUCCUCUACAACACACAUGUUCUACUCCUCCUCCGGCCUGCGACAAGGUUCCAUCUCACACACCUAGCGACCAAACAGUACAACAGAAAAUCUAUGCCAACCCACCUAGUCUCACAAAAAAAGAAUUUAAACUUCUAUCUGACCUCAUUAAACGUAAAGCCCCCUGCAACCUCCUUAUUUUUGGAGCGGAGCCCCAGUACCUGCAACUGUCCUCCAUCAACUCAGGUGGCAUCACAAUCUUUCUGGAGGAUGAUCCUGACAAAAUAAGAGCUGCCAGAGAAAAAUCUAACACCACUCAAAUCUACAAGGUUGACUACCGGAUACCUGCAAAGAGGGCUUACAAGCUGCUCAAACAUGCAAGGAAAAGUCCAGCUUGUUCCCCAAACCCAGAAAUGCUUCAGAAUUCAUCAUGCAAACUUGCAUUGAAGAACUUGCCACGAGAAGUUUAUGGGCUUAAAUGGAAUGUGGUGGUGGUGGAUGGACCGAGUGGCCACUCACCUGAGGCACCAGGCAGAAUGGGGGCAAUCUACACAGCUAGCAUGAUAGCAAGAGCUGGGAACACAACAGAUGUACUGGUGCAUGAUGUUGAUCGGACAAUUGAGAAGUGGUUUUCUUGGGAGUUUCUAUGUGAUGAGAACUUGGUUGCUUCAAAGGGGAGACUCUGGGAUUUUAGGAUCUCAGGUAAAUCAAAUUCUUCAGAAUUUUGCUCAGAGCAAACAGUUGCAAUAUGGUGA